CUUUCCUACGUCCCCUGGUCACCCGGGUAUGUGUAUCUGUCUGAACACGCCCUAGUUGACAUCCUCUGGGCGAACGAAGAUACCAAGCAGCUGCUGGAGCGUAUUCUGCCUCUCAAUAAUCCUUCCAAGACUGCAAUGUAUGAGUGUGUACAGGGAACAAAAGGGGUUUUGAUACAGGCUCUCUUUUGUGACAUUGGAGGUGAUCGCAUGGUUCGUGGAUAUCAAGACAAAGUAUCCCUGCAGUCACAGGACAAAGAUCUAACUCGGUUCAAACUCAAAGGAACGAUUUCUACCAACGGUCUAGUUCUGAAUCUACUUGCCUAUGACACAACCCAGACGAAGAGACAGCAGCAGUCUGACGUAGAUGAAGAAGACCCCAGCCAAGAACUGGAGCUUUCUCAGGGAUUUCUCAACACGACGUGUUCAAAGGCGGCCGGGCGAUGCCCAUCCGCAAACACCACAACUAUCGUCGGAUGUGAUCCUGGUAUUGUUAACGCCCUUACGUUUUCCUCGCUGGACCCUCACAACCCUAACUUGCGGCAAACGGUAAAGGUGAGAAGCAGGUUCUUGUACCUCCCGAAGCGUGAAAAAGGAAUGAUUGAGGUUGAGAGCGCCAUCCCUGUGUUUGGAAGGGAUACGUAUAAUGAGUACUUUCAAUGGAUGAACGAGGAGUCUCAGACACAGACAGGAUCAACGAAUUUGGAUGUGCUUCAAGAGUUCUACGAAUCCAGAUGGCAUCCUGAAAAAAAAAUGGGACCUACGAAAGGCUCAACGAGCUACGUUCGACUACGCGUACAGCGAGUGUUGAAGAUGCUUGGGGAUAAAGGAGUGCUUGUCGUCGGCCUAGGGUCCUUUGAAAGUAUAUUCUUCGACCGUGACGCAGUAGGGGCGGAAAACAUCGCAAGAAUCGGUCUUGCUCAAAUUGAGAGACAAGAGAGGCCUGCAAAGUACAAGCCCACGGAAGAGUCGCCUGCUCCGGCUGCAAAGCGCGCACGACGCUAGACACAA